CAUCAGAUAGCGUCCGAGAUGGAUACGGCCGCGCAAGUGACAGCAACUGCAUAGCUCCGCCUUCUGGUACCUCACAGUCAACAAAGACUCAUCAACAUCAGCAUCAAGACAAGGAAAUGUGGACGGCACCAACUGGAGAAGGCUCCAUUGAAAUGGGAGAGCACAAUGAUCCUGGAUAUGUUGCAGUUAGGGAACCAAAUUCACCUAGGGUGGUGGAUAACUUCGAGAAAGUCUCAAUCCUGCCCCUUGUCUUCCUCAUCUUCUAUGAGGUAUCUGGAGGUCCAUUUGGUAUCGAGGAUUGUGUCCAGGCUGCUGGUCCCCUUCUAGCGCUUAUCGGAUUCUUGGUCUUUCCAUUCAUUUGGAGUGUUCCUGAGGCCUUGAUUACUGCAGAGAUGGGUACCAUGUUCCCUGUGAAUGGGGGUUAUGUGGUUUGGGUUUCUUCUGCCCUGGGUCCAUAUUGGGGGUUUCAACAAGGAUGGAUGAAAUGGUUAAGUGGAGUCAUUGAUAAUGCUUUGUACCCUGUUCUGUUUCUGGACUACUUGAAGUCUGGAAUACCAGCUUUAGGUGGUGGACUUCCAAGAAUUGUGGCAGUGCUAGCUUUGACAUUUUUCCUCACUUACUUGAACUAUAGGGGUUUAACCAUUGUGGGAUGGGUUGCUGUACUCUUAGGGAUUUUCUCAAUCAUUCCUUUUGUGGUUAUGGGGUUUGUGGCAAUUCCCAAGUUGAAGCCUUCAAGAUGGAUAGUGGUGAGUCUACACAAUGUGGACUGGAAUCUGUAUUUGAACACUCUCUUUUGGAAUCUGAACUAUUGGGAUUCAAUAAGUACACUUGCUGGCGAGGUGCAGAACCCGAAGAAGACUCUCCCCAAGGCUCUUUUUUAUGCUUUGAUUUUGGUUGUUGUUGGAUAUUUCUUCCCCCUUUUGAUUGGUACUGGGGCAGUUCCACUUGAUCGUGAGUUGUGGACUGAUGGUUACUUCUCUGAUAUUGCAAAAAUUGUUGGAGGUGUUUGGUUGAGGUGGUGGAUCCAAGGGGCUGCAGCCAUGUCAAAUAUGGGGAUGUUUGUUGCUGAAAUGAAUAGCGACUCUUUCCAACUUCUAGGGAUGGCAGAAAGAGGGAUGCUGCCCGCAUGUUUUGGUAAGCGGUCUCGUUAUGGAACCCCGGUCAUUGGCAUUAUUUUCUCAGCUUCUGGAGUCCUUUUGCUAUCUUGGCUAAGCUUUCAAGAGAUCAUAGCUGCAGAAAACUUUUUGUACUGUGUUGGAAUGAUUUUGGAGUUUAUAGCAUUUAUACGAUUACGGAUGAAGUACCCCGCUGCAUCUCGGCCUUACAAGAUUCCAAUUGGAACAGUUGGAGCCAUUCUUUUGUGCAUUCCACCAACCCUACUAAUUGGUGUUGUAUUGGCUCUUUCUCAACUCAAGGUUGUGGUUGUGAGUCUUAUAGCUAUAGUAAUUGGUCUUCUGAUGCAGCCCUGUCUCAAAUAUGCUGAGAGGAAGAGGUGGAUGAAGUUCUCCAUCAGUUCCGAUCUCCCAGAUCUUCAGGGUGCAAAUCAGGAGAGUGCCAACUCCUUGAUAUAUUAGGAAGUUUGGAAAAUGUUGUCACUGAUUUAGCAAUAUGUUAAUUGUUGCAAUAGCUAGUUAUCAUCUUUGUUUUAAGA